ACCGCAAUUCCGAAUCAAGAUGAAGACUUGGUGUCUCAGGGCUUGUGAUAUUCCAGGAAUUGUGGCAGCUAUCUCGAUCUCGCCCAUCCUUGUGGACAAGCAGGCUCAAGAAUGCUCUAUGUUAGUGAUUCAACAUGAGAAUGUUUUUUUCCAAUUCGGAUUUCGAUGUACUUUAUCUUUUUAUAGUGACUGGUGAAGGAUAUCCAUUUUGGAGUAAGAAGAUGAAUUUCAAUUGUUCAGUUAAGUGAUGAAAUGACAAACAAAUGAGGAAGCUGUGUCAAUUUCAAUUGGAUUUGGAAUACUUUCUAAGUUUAUGAUUCUAUGUGAAGUGGAUUGAUCGACUGUGUUCAUUGUAAGGAAGUUACUUGUGGUCUAUUGACUCACUCUUUUCACGAGAAGUUGUCAUUUCUAUGGAAUAUUUUAUAAAGUUUGUCACUUGUAAGUUAGAAUUUCGUCAGGAAUCAGACUAUGGAAUGAUCAUAGACCAUGAAAGUAACAGUCAGUUUUGGAGAUGUACGUGUGAUAGUGCCGUGCGGGGACGGAAGCUUACUAGUCAGUGAUCUGAUUGAGAAGUCUAAAGUACGCUACAGAAAAGCCAGUCGAAAACCCCUCGACCACUGGAUCCAUGUGCAUACUCUGAAGACAGCCAACGAUGACGGCAUUCUCGAUCCUGAUGAUCAACUGAUCGAUGUCGCAGAUGACCGUGAACAGAUUAUUGCCUAUUUUGAGGAGCAACGAGCGCCCUCUUUGCCCCAUAAUGGAGGCGAUGGAACGAGUGCAAGUUCCGCUGGGACGGCUAGUCCCGACAUCUUCCAUGGGGGAGACUUGCAAGAGAAGGCAUUCCGUCCGAUGUAUUCAUCCAGAAAUCAUCAAAAUGAUGUGCUCAUCACCCCGAAUGAUUUAACUUUGGGCACCAAUCUAACCGUCCGCCGGGGCAGUGAGCCAUCACUCAAUCAAAUCGGCACCAGCGAUGAAAACCAAGGUGGAAAUAACACUUUACCAAAAAACAAAACCAGUCGUUGGUCGGCCAUUGCUUCCAUUGAAGAUAGUCCAGGACCGUCCAAUGAUGCGAGGGAAGCUGUGUACAGUGACAGUGAGAUGAGUGAGGAACGCCCCCCUUCCAACCUCAGACGUAUCGGAGAGGAGGGAGAGUUGUCCACGUUUGCACGGGACUCGGCGAGAAAGUCACUCGGGAAUAUGCCAGGGAUGUAUAAGUGGCUUGAUGCACAUGAGAGGCUGGAGGAUAACUACCACCAGUUCCAUGACAUGCGCAAGGAGCCUCUUGGUGGUCAUGGCUACCAAAACGGUGACACUGUCCAGCCGGCGGAUGAUAAAGGCUACGUGAUCGUGAUGAAGAAUGAGUGUGGACCCCUCGGUAUCCACGUCGUACCUCAUUAUGAUGAUGAGGCAAGGGAGUCGGGCCUGAUCGUGCAGGGCAUUGAGCCAGGAGGUCGCAUUCAUCGGGACGGACAGCUGGCUGUCCAGGAUCAAAUCAUUGAGAUCAAUGAGACUCCACUCAUGGAUGUUAGCUUCACAAAAGCGCAGGAAGUGUUCAAAGGUGCCCUCCAGUCUGAUGAGAUUCGCCUUAAAGUCAUCAAACAUAAACUAAAUGCUGUCAAACCACCGGAUAAAAAGCCUUCAAAGCAACCACCUCCCACGCCACCAAAACCAAAUUUGAAAAAGUUAAAUCUAUCAAUUCCAAAAGAAAAAGAUAAAAAUGAUAAUAUAACAAAUUCUGCCAUGGUUCCAACACAACCUCAGACUCCACCUGGUGGUGAGGUACCAUAUCGUCUUUCCGAACGCCCGCCUUCUCCAAAGACACAUCCGUCCUCUCCAAACCAGGCCCCCCCACCUAUCCCGAGUCGAGCUCCUGAAACCACUCUAUCAGGUGGUACUUCUGAUAGGCAACUGGUGACGAAUACACGUAAAAUCGGCAAAAAGAUUCCAAUACAGUUAGCAAAAGGUGCUGAUGGUCUCGGCUUCAGCAUUACAACCAGAGAUAAUCCCGCUGGCGGUAACGCCCCAAUUUAUGUCAAAAACAUUCUUCCAAAAGGUGCUGCUAUUACGGACGGAAGGUUAAAACCCGGUGACAGGUUGUUAGAGGUGAACAGUAUUGAUCUGUCUGAUAAGUCUCAGACGGAUGCAGUCGGGUUAUUACGCAAUGCCAAGCUCGGCAGUUUCGUGGAGCUGCUGGUCUCGCGUCAGGUGGUCGAGGAUCGCUUCUCUGUGCCAAGGAAACUGGAUCUGUCGUUACAGACUCGAGAUCAGGGGAUUGAGACAGACGACGAACAGCCAACAAGAGAGACGAUCCGAUUGGAUAUUCCCUUGAAUGAGACAGGGUCAGCAGGGUUGGGCGUGAGUGUGAAGGGUAAGACACAGAAACGUGAAGGAAUCGCUGGCACAAUCGAUGUGGGCAUUUUCGUGAAGGCGGUGAUGCAUGGAGGGGCUGCUUCAAAGUUAAACAGUGAAGAGGAUGGCCAGCUAAGGGUUAAUGACCAACUUAUUAGUGUGAAUGGACAAUCACUGAUUGGUAAAACGAAUGCCGCAUCAAUGGAACUAUUACGUCGGUCGAUGCAGACCGAGGGACCCGUCCCUGGAUACAUACAGUUGGUAGUGUCACGCAAAAUAGGCGCACCAACGCCCACUCCUGAACAAGGAGGACUAUUCUCUUUUGAACAUUUAGGCUUUGACAAUAAAUCUCCAACUGACAUGGAUCACAACACAUCUGAGGAAGAGCGCACGUUCAAAACAAUUCAUGCUCAAUCAAACUCAGUAUCAAACUCAAGAGACCUGGCGCACAGUUCUGAACAAUCAUCUCGAGGGCGCCACUUUAAUGAUUGUGUGACUUUGAAUGCGAAGAAUGAGGAGAGUGUCCUGAUUGAAGAGGAUUCAUAUGUGGCAAGGGGUCGACCACGUCCACAUUCAACCAUUGGAUUUGUCCGUCCCACACCCCCGGAUACUCCAAGUUCAGGGAGCUCACAUGAGGAGGAUGGGGAUAGGCCGAGGAGACGCAAGCCAUCAGAUAUGACAAUGGAUGACUCAAUGGUGCUAUUUUCGCGGGAAGGUUUCGGUCGUCAGAGCAUGUCAGAAAAACGGCGAGGUCACAUUGACGCUAAACAGAUGGAUUUUUAUCAAAAACUGAAAUCGGAGAAAGGGAAGGAGAAUGAAACGGUGAGAGUUGACAGAGUGUCACCACCUACUGUUCAGGUCAAGAGAGACACCGCAGACAUCUUACCCCCACACCCGUGGAUGUGGCGACAUUACACAAUGAAGGAACCUCCACCCAGCUAUAACACGUUGCCCAUCCGUCGUACCAAUCACCCAGCGUACGUUGAAGUGACCGCAAGCUUGGAUCGCAGAUAUAAACACUUGAAUCUCACUCCAGGUUUGGCAGAUGCCCACAAUGACGUGAAGGUGUCUGUCCCGGAGGAUAUUGGUCCAACCCUCGGCAUGAAGAAGUCAAGCUCUUUAGAAAGUCUCCAGGCGAUGGUGAAGGAGGUCGUUGAUGAGGAGGAGGAUGCCAUGAUGUGGCAUGGCCCGAGUGCUGUCGUCAGGGGAAGAGGAUGUAAUGAAAGUUUCCGAGCCGCUGUCGAUCGGUCGUAUGAUGGGCCACAUGUUACAGUUGAUCAGAUGGAGUCAUUGGCUGAGGAAGAUAGCGAGAUAGCGUCGAACCAUGGCAGGAAGUCAGCAACCAAUUCAGCGCGGUCUUCGAUGAGUUUUGAGGGUCCGAGUGAGAUCACAAUAUCGCUGAAAGCGGCAAAAUCAAAGGCGCCCAAGGAAAAGGAGAAAAAGGGAGGAAUAUUUAAAGGUCUUUUCAAGUUUGGUCAGAAACGAAAGACCAUUGAGAUAACACGACCGCCAUCUAAGACUCGCAGUCACAGUCCCGGUCCAAAGGGGAAGGCCCCCGAUCCUCCACCAGCGCGACAGGAGAACUUGGACCAGCACAAGGCGCGAGUGGCCGCUCAGGAAGAGCAGGAUAGAAUACAAGAACACUACCGUCGUCUCAAAGAAAAGCAACACCAAAUCGAUCAGCAUCAGCCUCAGUACGGUCAUCAUACCCAGCGCGAUAUCGAACUGUCGGCACAAACACGCGAAGAGAGGAUCCAACAACUCCGUGCCGAGCAUCAACGCAAACAUCAGGAGCGCCAAGGCCGGUAUCCACACGAAGAUAAAGAGGAGGAAUAUGAGGAAGAAAUGCAGGAGAAUCUGGAUGACGAGCUCAUGGAAGAUCAAAAAUGGGGACUAUACAGUGAAAUCACGCCACAGUUAUCAGGUUCAAGCAGUGUGCAGUCGCAUCAACGGUUUACAAAUAGUGCGCAUUCGCAGCAACCGUUACCGAGUUCAAACAUGCAUUCGCAGCAACCAUUACAGAGUUCAAACAUGCAUUCGCAGCACCGAUUACAAAGUUCAACCGGUUUACAGUCGCAGCAGCGUUUAUCAAGUUCGAGUAGUGUGCAGUCUCAGCCACAGAUUUACGACGGGCGACCUCGUAAAACACCCCCUGAUGGCCGCUCUUAUAACAAUUAUCAAACUUUUGAUGAAAUCGACGAGAACAAGGAGCGGAAUGAUCAUUAUCGCGAUCAGUACUUGAAAUACCAGGAGGUGCUUCAUGCACAGCAAAUGCAACAGAUUAGAAUGGAACAACAACGACAACAACAAAUAGCUGGAAAGUAUGGUGCACAUAAUGGAUGUGAAAAGCCUCGAUCGGCAACGCCGGUUAAUGCUCUGGGAUACAUGUCACAUAAGAAACAGUUAAUGGGCUCACUCUCAGCAUCCCAUGCUGAUGAGUCUGCAGGGAACAUUCACUUUGAUUAUGAUGAUCCAAGACAUGCGUAUCAGGAGCCGCAAUACGCAGUUGUGCAGCGGCGCAACAAACAGCCAGGCCCGGCUAAAGUGUGAUGAUUUCUUCUCCCUUAUCUGGUUGUGUGACUGGAUAAAUAUCCUUGAAACGUUCAGUGCCAUGCUUCAGCUGUGUCAGCCUCUAUACAGCAUGUACAGGACUGUGCAUUGUGUAAUCAAUGGUGAGGCUGACUUGUUUGAUGAAACUCUAGGUAUACUCUUCAUGGCAAUAGGAUACACCAGCAGAUUACGGGUAAAAUGAACCUCGCAUUCGAUGUGUUGAAGGAACUUCAAAGCAAAGAGAAGAUGAAAUGUCUUUGUUUUGAUUGUAUAAAAAUGUGACAAUAUAUUACAUGAUAUUUGUAUGCUAAUGUUCAUUACAAUCUCCUCCUAUUGGGGAGAUAUCUUUGUAGUGGACUGUACUAAUCUAGUUCCUUGACUUAUCAAUGAUGGUGCUCUAAACAGCACUAUCAUCUAUAGCUCGGGGCCCUGGACAUAUUUUUGUGUACACACAUGGUAUUAUUGUUUAUAACUAAUAUAUGCAUGGAAUCUGUAGAUUUUGUAGAUAACGUGACAGUAGUGUACAAAGGUACUUGCCAGGAUUCAAGGUCAGCCAACUCUUGUUGGUCAAGGUUGAUCAUCCUCUCAAGGUCAUGGUAUUGUUUCGUCAAAUCUGCUUACAAAUUCAGAAAUUCUGGACCAUAGAGUCAGUCCUGCACUUAUGAUAUAUUGUUGUUGCCAUUUUGACUCGGCUAAUGAGGCGAAUUUGCAAAGUCAGAGACUGUAAUUUGGCAUCCAAGGCAUCCUCUCGUAUAGCCUGAUAUGUAACCGAUAUCAAGUUCAAAUUCAAACAAACUCUACAACACCCCAUUAAAAAUGUUCAAAUACACUCCGACUGAUGUUAUAUCAUUCCACUGUAUUGUAUGUGGCAGAGAAAUCGACAUCGAUCUUCUUCGGGGAUGCCUUUAUGCAGAGUUUACAGUAAUGCACCUCCGUCCACUGCUUUUGCUUUUAGCGUCCAUUUUUUCAUGAAGAUUUAUCACCAUUUUGACUUUCUUUGAUAGAGGUACAUGUGUGUUACACCCUGUUUGAUGGGUGAAAAAGCUAACCAAUUCAGUCCAGAAUGAUGCCUAAAUCUUGAAUACUGUCACCUUAAGAAGACCAACAGUAACUAUGUAAAGUUAGCUUCUAAAUGAUGAUGAAAUAUCUGCUUAGUAUUCCUACAGAGCCUGCCAUUAUGUAUUUUAGCUGUAUAUUGAUGUAAAUAUAUGAUAAUGCAAAUGUUGAUAGGCUGUAUAAGUGAGGCUGCCUUGCGUUUUAUACAAUGCUUUUUCUGCUAUUUUAUGAUGUUAUGUGUCGAGGAAGGUAUAAACUAAGUGGUAACUCUGGCCAGGGGUAUACAUCUCAGAGGGUGAAGGGAAAGGACAUGUACUGUCAAUCUAUUGAUAGGGUUUUUGGUUGUACAGCUACAGGGUUGUGGGAAAUAUACUUGACUCAUCAGACCCUGAACUGCCUUGUUUUAAAGAGGCAACGAAUAUUGAGUCAUAAUGCUCCAAGCAGAUGAGACAAAGCAACAAGCUCGGUAACAAGCUCGGUAACUUGAAACAAGUUCAAUAUCACGAAAGCUGCAUCAUAGGUAAAGAGUCUAUCUAAUCUAAUCAUGAGGACCAGAUGGAAUAAGGAACAAAAUUUCCUCCUCAACGAAUAAAUUUAGUUUUUUUACCAACUGUAAUAGACAUAGUAGUUUAGAUCUAAAAUGUGACUGGGAGAAUAUCAAGAUAGCAAAAUAGCAAUGUUUUUUAGUGAUUGAUCAUCAUCUUGUUUAAUUUUAGAACUUGCCAUUCUGCUGUCCAUCCACUCUACUAUAGAUGUACAGUAUAACGCUGUCCAUCCACUCUACUAUAGAUGUAAAGUAUAAAGCUGUCCAUCCACUCUUCUAUAGAUGUACAGUAUAACGCUGUCCAUCCACUCUACUAUAGAUGUACAGUAUAUCGUUGUCCAUCCACUCUACUAUAGAUGUACAGUAUAACGUUGUCCAUCCACUCUACUAUAGAUGUACAGUAUAACGUUGUCCAUCCACUCUACUAUAGAUAUACAGUAUAACGUUGGCCGUCCAAACAACUUGUGCUCAAAACAGCCAUUCUGAUUUUGAAAUGUUAUAGCUCAGAUUGUAAGCUGUAAUUCCAUCUGUAUCUAACUAUUACUGUAGAUGUAUCAUCUAUUUUAGCUACGCUGGCUUUGCAGCUUAUGGUUUGUACUUGAGCUGGCCGAAAGUAGUUUCAGCAAAAUAGUUGCAUUUUCAUCUGAAUUUCCUGUAGCUGGGCCAGGAAAUGUGCCAGGAUACCAAUAUUUUGGUCGGGCAAGGGAUAUGGUGAUGUAAGAGACGUCAUCAUGCCUCAUGUCACAAUCAAGUAAGCGACCGCAUUGUCGCCUGAAUGAUAUGAGACAAGAAGGUGAUGUCACAAUCAAGUAGGUGACCACAUUGUCGCCUGAAUGAUAUGAGGCAAGAGGGUGAUGUCACAAUCAAGUAGGUGACCACAUUGUAGCCUGAUCGAUAUAAGAGAAGAGCGUGAUGUAAGAGACGUUAUCAUGCAUGAUGUCACAAUCAAGUAAGACUUCGUUGUAGCCUGAUUGAUCUAAGAGAAGUGGGUGAUGCAAGAGACGGCAUCAUGCCUCAUGUCACAAUCAAGUAAGAGACCGCAUUGUAGCCUUAUGGUAGGGAAUAGGGCAGUGUCACAAGAACUAAUCUAAACUCAAGGGAAUGAAGGAGAGAUUUGCACUGACCUACUUUUAUAACCUUCUGCCCUACUUAAAGACUUAUAGCUAAAGCAGUUGUGUUUGGUAUCGAACUAAAGAUAAUGAACAGUAGGUUUGUGCUAACCCAUUUUCAUUACCAACUGACCUACUUGGAGAUGGUUAAAGCGAAAGGUGUCAUCGGUCUUUGAUAUCAAACUUAAAGUGUUUACCCUGAUCUACUUUUAUGACUUUCUAAACAACUUGAACACCGUUAGAGGAAGGCAGUCGCGUUAAUGGUAUCAAACUAAAGGUAUUGAAAGAGCAGUUUUGCGCUGGCCUGCUAACACACGGAGCUAAGGCACUGAAGGUAUUGAAGAGCGGAUCUGACAAAAGAACCCCUCAACUACUUUAUUCACUGCAGUUCAAAUAUAACGUUCGCAACUGUCAUCCACCCUAGGGGCCAAAUUCAUAAAGGGCGUGUAAGGGUUAGACGUGUGUAACUUCUCCCUGAUUAGUUAGAGGGCCUAUCCAUAUUCUCUGAAGAUUUACAUGAAGUUGAAUUUACUUCAACUUUCCAAUUUCCCCCUGCACCCAAGCAACUUGCAAGGUGUCCUCAACUCAUCCUGAAACUGUGUCCCUCUCCACCCCAGUCACUUGCUAGUUGUGUCUAAUCCUAAACCUUGGUCUGUCGGCUCUGAGAGACAGUGUAAAUACAACUUGCUCAUUAUCAUGUAAAAUGAGUAGGCAAUAAACUAUUAUUAUAUAUUUA